AUGCCAAGCAAAAAAGGAGCUAAAGCUGCAGAGGCUCAGCCCGAAAAGAAGGCAGAGGCGCCUGAAGAAAAGCCUGCAGAGGACUCUAAAGAUCAAGCUGUUGAAGAAAGUGAGACAAAGGACGCGAGCAAAGAUGGAGAGGGCAAUGCUGCGGACAAGCGGGCACGAGGCCGUCCUAAAAAAGCUGACGGCGAACCUGCCACCAAAAAGCCCAAGAAAGUGAAGGAGAGUCAUGUCCCUAGCCGUGCUAGUAGGCGUGUGGCGAACAUGAAAACAGGGGAGACAUUACCCGAAAUCGAAGACAAGGACCCGAUGCCCAAACCGAAGAAAACGACGACGAAGAAGAAGGCCGAGCCUAGCGAACCAGCAGAUGAUAAACAAGAUGAGCCAAAUGGCGCUGCUGAAGUUGCUGUCCAGAGUUGA